AAUUUAUUUUAUUAAAGCUUUUCACGCGGUAAAAACUUCAGUGUGUGCCCGGCUUAAACCACAGAACAUUCGUGUGACGUAUAGUGGUGCUCCAACAAAUUGCAUUUCCAUCACAGCGGCCGUCAGCCGCGCCCGUACCCCAGCUUUUAUCGAUAAUUAUAUUAACUUCACAUGUACCGACCUAUAUGCUAUAUCUUUUACAUUUAACUAAUAUUUAACUUUUAUAUAUACAUAAAAUAUAUUUUACAACUGUGUUUUAUAUUACGUCAAUAUCCAUAUGAAUCACCGGCGGUCAAAGGGUCAAACAUACAUAUUUAAUUAAACAGUGUCGAAUUGUAUUUUUGGAGUAAUACAGAGUAUAUGUAAUUACACAUAUGAUAUUAAAUGCAAUUGAAUAUCGUAAAUAUAAAGUUACGGGCUAACAGCCGAGACGACCUCGCACAACACCCACUACUCAUUCCUUCCCCAUCCCAGGUUUCCGAAGCUGCACGGCUCGACUCGAAUGGAAUUUUUGUUAUCCCGACAAACUAUUUUCAAAUGAAUGUUCCGACGUUUAUGAAAAUAUUUGUGGAGCCUUCUGCUCUAAGAAUGCAUAAGAUCUCUUUUCUUUCUAAUGAUAUUUAUAAGAUCACGUGAUUCAAAUGCUAAAUAAUUACACAAUUAUUGCAUCUUUUUCCCUCACAAAUAUGUUCGAAAUAUCGGCCAUUUUACUGGUCGUUCAUAAUUAAAGUUUUUUUUUGUUGGAAUUUUUUUACAAUAUUUUGUUUUACUGACUAACUAAUUAACCUUUAUCCUUCUAUGUAUGUUUACUGACGCUUCGCUUGUGGUACCUAAGGUAUUGCGGAAAAUUGCUUUCAAGCUUAUUGAUGAGUUUCCAUUUAUCAAUUACAUGUGAGUACAGCACAGCUCAGACUGUAAGUCUGAAACUUAAUUCAGUUUACGUCGUGCGAUCGCAAGAGGAGCAUGUCCCGUAACUUGGCAGAGCUUUUCAUUUGUCGUUGUUUGUUAUAUUUGUGAUUUGGUGAAGUUUUAAAGUAAAACAAUAUAUUAUCAUGGAGGUAGGUGUGUGGCUGAUCGGUGUGGUGCUGCGUGUGUUGAACGCGCUGUGGGCGGCGGCGUGCUGGGUGCGCGAGUAUGUUUACCCCGCGCCCCGCGUACCCCGGCUGCCGCCUCCCCGCAACCCCCUGCUACUGCGCAGCGCCACCGACCUCGCACAUUCUAUCAGGAGAGGACAGCUGACGUGUGAGCAAGUAGUGGGUGCAUUCAUUGAGCGGAUCAAAGAAGUGAACCCUUACUUGAACGCGGUCGUGGAAGAGAGGUUCGAGGAGGCUAAGAGAGAGGCCACCACCCUGGACCAGAGGCUGUACGAGGCGCGCUGGGGGGGCGGCGAGUUGGAACUGCUCAAAAACAAGCCGCUGUAUGGUCUGCCCUUCACCGUCAAGGAGAGCUGCUCGCUGGCCGGCAUGUCGAACUCAGUGGGGUGCGUGGAGCGGUCGGGCAGCGUGGCGGCGGAGGACGGGGCGGCGGUGGCGCGCGUGCGCAGUGCGGGCGCGGUGCCGCUGCUGGUGUCCGCCACGCCCGAGCUGUGCCUGGGCUGGGAGACCGCCAGCCUGCUGCACGGCCGCACCAACAACCCCUACCACCUCGCCUGCACGCCCGGGGGAUCCUCCGGCGGAGAGAGUGCAUUGGUGGCGAGCGCCGCCUCCCCGGUGAGUGUGGCGUCCGACAUCGCCGGCUCCAUACGCAUCCCUGCAGCCUUCUGCGGACUGUUCGGACACAAGCCCACGCCCGGCAUCGUCCCGAUCGAGGGGCACAUCCCCACGCUGACGGACGAGAUGUACCCCAAGUUCCUGACGGUGGGGCCCAUCUGCCGCCACGCCGAGGACCUGCCGCUCGUGCUCGGCGUCAUGGCCGGCGACCGCGGCCACCUCCUCAACCUGCACCAGCCCGUCGACCUCUCCACCAUCAAGGUGCACUACAUGACGGAGGCGUCCAGGUCUGUGGCGCUGCUGCCCGUGGAGCUCUCCAUCCGCGAGCUGAUCGUGCGCGCCGCCACACAUCUGCGCGACCACUGCGGCGCCACCCUCACUGAGAAAAAAUUCAAAGCCCUAGAGGAUUCAGUGGAGAUGUCAAUAUCAGUAUUCUUCUCCAUGAAAGACAUCCCCAACCUGCUGCACGAUCCCGCCAACCCUAAACGCGACAAGAGCCUUCUGCUGGAGCUGAUGAAGAGCGCGUUCGGUGCGGCGUCGCGCUCCCUGCAGGCGCUCGGCUUCGCGCUCAUCAGCCGCACCCGCCUCUUCAUCCCGCGCGCGCGCACCCAGCACUACCAGGACCUCGCGCGCCGUCUGCAGCAGGACAUCGAGAGCACUCUGGGGUCCGACGGCGUGCUGCUGUACCCCGCGCACUGCGGGCCCGCGCACGCGCACAGCCUGGUGUUCCUGCGCGCGGCCGGCGUGCUCUACACCAUGCCGCUGAACGUGCUCGCGCUGCCCGCCACCGUGGUGCCCGUGCACGACCCGCGCCACACCAUGCCGCUCGCCCUGCAGGUGAUAGCUGGACCCAACCAGGACCGGCUGUGCCUGGCCGUGGCGCGACAGCUGGAGCGCGCCUUCGGGGGCUGGCGUCCGCCGCGCUAGAACCACCCCCAACUCUCUACUCUACUCUCUCAUAUCCCCAUAGGCAAUCACAUUGCCCAUUAAAUGUUUAUUAUAUUCAAAAUAUAUGUGUUAGCAUGUAACCCUAAAACUAAAUCAUGUCACACUUCUAUAUGACUAUCUCUGUUUUUCUCAAAGAUAAUGAGCGAGAUAGCAAUAUUGUCGUCCUUUAGAUGUUACGAUAAUGGCGAUUUCAUCGUUAGAUUGGUGUCAAAUAAAAAGUCACAAGUAAAGUUUCAUCUGUGAGUUAAGUCUCAUUUUUAUAUAUAUCGGUGUUUAAUUGUCGUAGGCAAUGUUGGAUAAAUCUCUGUAUUUUACAAUUCCUACUGUUAGCCUCUAUGACCACUUCCCGUUGUCAGAUUUUCGGAAAUUUGAUACUGACUGUCCUGAUGACGAUGUCACUUUUUACAUUCAGUGUCCAAGAUGACCGCCGCAGCAAUAGCGGAUGUAAUAGUUUUGCACAACUCCCCGACAUGAGCAGCAAAUGAACGACGUACACGAGCAGUAUAACUGUAAAAAAUUUAAAAAUUAAAAAAAAACUGUCAUCCGCCAUUUUGUGACGACGAUCAUUUUGGAUUUUUCAUAGUUCACCGUACUCUACUAGUCAAGCCCAUUCAUUUGAUAGCUAUGUUGGAGGGUUGAACAAAAAUUAUAAUGAAAUUUUGAGUUUAUUCGCAAGAUCGAGAUGCAUUUAUUGUUCACUGUUUGAUACAUGACUUUUUUACCUCACUUGUUGCAUAUCUAUGAGUACAUAUAUCUGUGAUGAAUAUUAUUUUAUUAAUAUUAUAAUUUAAUAAGUGAAUACUUAACAAAAAAUGGUUUGGUUGUUUAAUUUCAAAUAAGUUAAGGAAAUUAUAAAAUUCAAAGUAUGUUU